AUGCAGCUCUCCGCCCACAUCGUCUUCGCCGCCAUCGUCGCCGGCUCCGCGCUCGGCGCGCCGGUGCCCGAGCCGCUCAAGAACGGCAAGCUGGGCUUCUUCGACAACAAGAACUCGGUUAAGCCCAUCACCGCGAUGGACAGCCACCUGCCGAAGCUCAACGGUGGCCUCGCACUUACCGCCGGUGGCCUCGGCAUCGGCGCCGGCAUUGCGGCGAUGAACAACAACAACGCCGCCAGCGAGCCGGCUGCGGCCCCCGCCCCAGCUCCGGCGCCGGGACCGCAGCCCGCUGCGCGCGCUGGGCCCAAGCCUGUGGUGCCGCCCAAGCCGGCUUUCCUGCAGACGUCGUGGGGCGGCAAGAAGAACGGCGCGCUCAACGGCGGCAUCGGAACAAUUGCUGGUCUUGCCGGUGUCGGUGGCGCCUCGUACGGUCUCUACAACGCCCUCAACCCCGCCGACCCGGCGCCAGCGCCGGCGCCUGCUCCGGCACCCGCGGCUCGCGACCUGUUCGAGGUCGAGGAGCUGCAGCGCCGCCUUAACCCCGCCAUGGGCGCCGGUCUUCUGAUGAUGGGCGGCCCGUCAAUCCAGACGGGCAACAUGGACGUGACGCAGCAGACGUGGCAGAAGGGUGCCAAGACGUCGGGCGCGACCUCGCGCCGUGACAUCGACGACGACGCCGACCUGCUCAACCGCCGUCUGCUCAGCUUCGGCAACACGCAGCAGUCGCAGACGGCGCAGGGCGGCGCCGACGGCGGCAAGGCGUCGGGCGCCGCCUCGGGCACGCGCGGCUCUCUCUUCGCCGGCGGCGACAACGGCUCGGGCCUCUUCGGCCAGCCGAUGAUGGCGCCGGCCGCCGCUGCCAAGCGUCUCUUCGAGGAGCCGGCCGAGCGCGAGGUCACCAUCGAGGAGCCGAGCCUGCAGCGCCGCCUCAUGUUCGGCAUCGACACGCAGAACCAGGACGUGACGCAGCAGCAGUGGCUUGUUGGCGGCAAGACGUCGGGCGCCACCUCCUAA